GCAUGACAGUGUGAUUGCGCGCAUUCGUCUUCAGCCUCUACCCAGAAAAUCUGCUAUUGCAUGAUACAGGAAAUCAAGUUUUCUACAGGUUCGGGGGAGGCAGUCAGAGGAAUUAAGUGAAGCAGAAGUAUUUGGGACCAGAGCACAUCGGGGACAAUGAACAACUGCGAUUCCACGUUUCAAACACAUCUCCUACCCCCCAUGUAUGGCAUUGAAAUGUGUGUAGCUUUGGCAGGGAACAUAUUUGCCUUGUGGCUCCUGGCAACACGAGAGAGGCAGAAUUGGCACACUGGAGUAGUGUUCUCCUUUAACCUGGCCAUCAGUGAUGUGCUUUACGUCCUAACGUUGCCUUUGCUGAUCAUUUACUAUGCCAAGAACAAGCACUGGGCCUUUAGAAGCACUGCAUGCAAAAUCGAACGCUUCCUCUUCAACUGCAACCUCUAUGUCAGCAUUUUCUUCAUUAUGUGCAUCAGUGUCAACAGAUACCUCGCCAUCGUUCACCCCUUCUUCACACGGAGCUAUGUACAACCUAAACAUGCAAAGAUCACAAGUGUGCUGACGUGGCUAUUUGUGGUAAUUGUUUCAUCACCAGUCCUUACAUUUGCAGGAACUUCCCAAAAUAAAAACAGCACUCAUUGUGUGUCAAACUAUGAUGAUCAACUUGAAUCAUCCCAUUUUAAGUUCAAGUUAUUUCUAAUGGUUGUGGGAUGCAUGAUUCCUUUGGUAGUUACCGUUGCAUCUUAUUUAGGUGUGAUUUGGACAGUUUUGAUAAAUAAAAAUAUAACCACACUGGAGAAGAGGAAAGUAGCUCUGAUGGUUGUUCUGGUCUGCUUCCUUUAUGCCAUGUCAUUUGUGCCCUAUCAUGUUCUGCAAACAUACCAUCUGUAUCUGAGGAGGACAAAGAUUCAGAAUUGCUGGGUGUAUAAUUCAUAUCAAGUGUCAAAAGGACUAGCCACCCUAAAUAUGUGCAUACAUCCGCUUCUUUACAUGGCUGUUUUUGAUAGCAUACGGACAGCUUUCUGUGGUAGGAGCUCAGAUGACUAAGCCUCAUAACACAUAUCUUGUCAAAAACAUAACUGUGAUUUCCUGUCUCUAGCUUAGCAUUUGUGUUAAAGUUAGAACUCUGUUUUUGUCUAGAUGCAAUAUGUAGAUACUUUCCUACAUGUCAUUUUUGUGUUCACAAGUAGGCUAACCAUGGAAAUAUCUGACAAUUACAAUUGACUGACUAUUGAAAUUUACUUGAAACGAGCUUUAAGCUGGAAAUAUAUUCUACCUAUUA